UGCAUUAUGGAAAUUAAAUGACGUCAUGUCUCCAUACGCUGCCAUCUCACGGCACAUUCUAAAAUCAGCUUUAUAACUGAGCGUGCCAUCAUUUCAACUGACGUAUCGCUGAGGAAGCGGAUAAAACUACCAAUAAACGAGUGCGGAACGGAGGACGCAGACAAAUCCAUCAGACAGCCAGGGAAGCCUAGCCGAACGCAGCGGGAGUCGGCGACGCGUUAUCAGCGGCGGCUUCCCUUAUCACCCGCCGCGGCUCUUGGCCCACGGCUCGAACGGCAGCGGAGAGCGACGGAUUCCUCCUUAGAUACUGGCAUUGGGACGGGCCUGGAGACUGCUGAGCAGACAACAGAAGAAGCAUUGAUAAUGCUGUGUGUAGGCCAUGUAUGUGUGGACAUGAUUAACGUAUGUUCAUCAUAUCCAGAAGAAGACGGCAAAGUAGGAACUACAACAAAAUUAAACAGGAAAUACUGUGUGUUGGUCUCUGCUGCCUUGACAUCAUUAGCCAGCUACCUCAUUUCCCAAAGGAAGACACAGACCAAAGGUGUCAUGACCAGCGAUGGCAACGAGGAGGAAAUGCAGCUAACAACUGUACUGUUUUAGGGUUGCUUGGAGCAAAGCCAUCUUUUUUGGGGACCAUUGCUGAGUCUCAUGAAAAAGUGUUCCUUCUCGAUGAUUUUGCAAAGUAUAAUGUGGACACAAAAUUUGUUGUGGUGCAUGAGGAUUGUGAUUGCCCUGCUUCAUGUGUCAUUCUCAGCAUGGAAACUGGAUCUAGAACUAUAAUUCACUCUAAUAAGAACCUACCUGAACUUACUGUUGAAGACUUCUGCAAAGUCAAUCUUUCUGCUUUUAAGUGGGUUCAUUUUGAGGGCCGUAAUGUUUCAAAUGUAGUUGGUAUGAUUGAAGUUGUUCGAAAGCACAAUGAAAAUCAUAGAGAUGUUCAGCCCAUCAUCAUCUCUGUUGAACUGGAGAAGGCCAAACCUGAACUCAGCAGCCUCAUACCAAAAGCUGACGUAAUCUUUGUGUCCAAAGACUAUGCUCAAUUCCAAGGAUAUACUGAUAUGGCAGAGACAAUUGAUAAAAUUCAUAUUGAGACAAGGCCAGGAUCUUUGGUGAUAUGCCCUUGGGGAGAGAAAGGUGCUAGUGCUAGACUGAAAGAAGGUAAAAUAGUGUCCAGCCAGGCUUUCCCCCCAGAACACGUGGUGGAUACAUUAGGAGCUGGUGACACCUUCAUUGCAGCAACUAUAUUUGCAUUGGCCCAAGGACACAAGCCAGAAGAUAGCAUACUGUUUGGGUGCCGUGUAGCAGGGACCAAAGUUGGAGUUCGAGGGUGGGAACCCCUGAGGCAUCUAUUCAAGAGCUGUGACCUCCUGCCAGCUAUUGUAGACUCAGGCAGCAGGAGGGAUGUUGUUAUGAAUACCACCUGAUACUGGGAAUUCCUUCCAGACAGUAGCAUGGGAGCUAAUGUGGAGGGAGUUGUGUGUGCUGCUUGGGUAUAUUUGUUGGUGCUUUUAGUAAUUUGGCAAUUAUUCUUCUCUGAUCAUGAUGAUGAGGAAGAAUGGCUUUGAUGGUAUCAAUAUUUAGAUUCUCAUUUAUUUUCACAUUACAGUAAAGUAUGUGUUCUUUAUGACUCUACAGUGUAAUCUGUCAAUCAACAUUUGUUAGAUGAGGGUGUACUACCAGGUUAAAAUCUAAUAUAUAUAUAUAUUUUUUCCACCAAUGUCUUUUUUUUUGUGGAAGGAGCCCACCUAUAAUUUAGGUUUUUAGAGUACGGUCUCAUUAAUUUUCUUUGAUAUGAUUUUUUUUGGUCUUAUUAAGAAUUUUUACAUGUUUCAGGUGAUUAAGAAAAAAAAAUCUAAUAAUUGGAUUAUAUUACAUAAUUAGAAUUUUAUAUCCCUCUAAUGGUCUUGGUAUUCAGCUUCUGGGGCAUAGUUAAGGAGGAGGAAAAUAGUACAUUCAUACAUAAUGUAAAUAUACAUAUUGUUUCUUCAAGAAACUAAGAUAUGUAUAUUUUUGUAUACUAGAGGAAUCAGAAACAUUUUAUGUCUGGAAUACCUUUUUGUUGUAAGGAAACACAGUAUCCACAUACUUAGAAAAAUAGCUGGAAUCACAGCAUUUAUAUAUGCAGAGUUCAACUUAGGAGUGGAUAUGCUGACCACAGAUAAUAUUGGUGUUUUAAAAAUUAUUUACAUUGAUGGUUCUUUGUUUGUGUAAAUAUAGAGUGACAGGUGAAGAUGUAAAGCUACAUUUGCAUGGUCACAUUUGGUAUUACAUAAAGCUGUUACUAGUGCUUCAUGUGUGCUAGUAACAAAGUAGUGCAAUUACAAUGUAUAUUGAACCACAGCUAAAUGCAGCAAAUGUAUAUAUAUCAGUGAAGCUUGAAAUUUCUGAGGUUUACUUAGAGGAUAUGUUAAUAUUGCCUAUAGAAAUUCUCUGCAAAUAUUGUUUAUUACAAGUUAUUGCCUACCUCAGUCUGUAUGGACAGAUUACUUAGUAUAUUUAAGAGUGGUCUUGGACAAGGCCUUUGUAUAGAGUUCUGAAGCAUGUAUUGAACAGCUAAAUAGUAUAAAUUUUGUUGGUUAUAAUAGGAUGGUUUUGAAAUAAUGUUCAUGAUGUACAACUUUUGUGUCUGACUUUAAAUCCCUCACUGAGCUUCAACCACAGGCAAUGUGAAGCAGCACUGACUAGAGGAUGUGGACUAAAGAUAUGCAGUAUCAAUGCAAAAUUUACCAGAAAGUUUAUCAGUUCUUACCUACUUGUUUCAAUAGGGAGAAGAGUUAAGCUCAGAUGGUCCAUUCUGCAAUAUUUAAUUUAUCAUACAACUUUUUAAUUGAUGCACAUUUUUGGCACAUAUAACAUUAUUUGGAAGAUUGUUCCAUGUUUCACUAGUUCUGUUUGGGAAACUGAACUUCUUGACGUUUCCUCUUUUUACUUUCAACUGUGUCUCAUCCAUCUUGUGUUCAAAAUUACAAUUUUUUUUGUCUAAUUUCACCUUUCCUCUAAUACAGCUGAACAUCAUUAUCA